AUGGUGGAAAGUCUCGUAUUUUCUCGACACGAAAACUGAUGACGUCAGCAAGCUUUGCGUAUUGACACAAAUCCAAGGAAGAAGAAUGUUGUUGUAUGUGGAAAGUCGGGCCUUUCCACAUAAGACAUUUGUGGUCUUAGCCCAGCCGAAUGACACAAUAGCACGAGUGCGUGCCCACCUGUUGCAUGUUUUGUACGAGCUGGGCCGUGAGGACCACCAGUUUCGUCUGCGUUACAAGGGAGAAUAUUUGCGAGAUGCCUACACUGUGGAGGACUACAAGAUCAUUGAUAAUGCCAUCAUUAAGAUGGUCCCUCUUUCAAAAAGAUUGGAUCAGUCAUUCCCAGACAUACGGUCAGUGGUGGGAAAUUCCCAGGAUUUGGGUCAAGGUCAGGUAGAGGACGUGAAGAGAGCAUUGCUGAGAGAAAUACGUGUGUUUGACAGGAGAGAAAAACUGCUUUUUGAUUUCAAGGGUCUGUUGUAUCUGCACUUCAUGGGGUUUUGCCUUGGGUUUCUGACCACCUACUGGUAUUCUGGGUUCUGGACAGGGUUGGUGUUCCUGUAUGCUGCCUUCUUAUGUCCUACCUACACCAGGACCAGUGGCUUUGUGGGUGGAGUGUACGCAUACGCACACAAACAUGUCUUCUGUUUUGUGUAUGGUGUCCUGUCUUUGCUGAACAUGGGUGCUGCCAUCUAUCUAGCUUAUCUGGAAAUAGUCAAAAUAAGUAAUCAUGGCUGCCCCAACUUUGAGUUUGUAGGAGACUGCAGUCACUCUGUGAUAUUCUCCAUCAUCUACUACUGCUGCCAGGCGGUGGCUCUUCUUGCCUCCAGCGCCAUCAUGUGGGUGUUGGGGAUCUGGAACUUCAGGAUUCAGGUGGGAGACUACAUAGAGGCAGAGCUGGUGAAAACAAGAGACAUUGAGAAACUUCUGCUGACUGCUAAACAGGGAAAACUGAAGGAGAAAAGGAUAGCAGCCUUUGAGCUGGCCACCCUGGCUGCUGCGGGCGAUGAUAACAAGUUCAGAAUCGUAGCAGAAGGAGGAUUGGAGAUCCUGAAUACCCUGUCCCUGUCCAGAGAUGAGGCCACACAGGAACACGCUGUGGAGGCUUUGGCUGAACUGCUUACUGUGCCAGCUAUACAGGAUCGGUAUGUAGAGAUAGGGGGUGUCCAGAACAUGUCCACUCUGCUGCUGUCCCCAGACCCCAGGCUGGUGGAGGAAGCAGCACAGGUCCUCUACCAGAUUGUGUCUGACUCUGAAGAGAACAAAACUGCUGUGGUGUCAGAACACGGCCUAGAAGACCUGGCCCGUGCAGCCAGAGAUGGCACCAUAAGUUGUCAGAGAACUGUAGCAGGAAUACUACUGGAGCUGGCUUUUACCACAGAAAUCAGGGGACAGAUGGCAGCCAUGAAUACACCAGGAAAAGCCCUGAUAGAGCUGUGCAGGAGUACUGACCCAGAGACACAAAGAUAUGCUCUGCAGACACUGGAACUCUUGGCAAUAGAGAGUUCAGACAUGAUCUGCGCACAGCAUGAGUUGAUAGAAAUCCUGCUUGGCUUACCCAGAACUACAGUGGAUGAGAAGCUGUACCUCCUGGCAGGGAAGAUACUGCUCUACUUUGCUGAAAAUGCUGAGACAUGUGAGUUGCUUCUAGACCAGGCCUCCCUGAAAGACUCUCUUACAUUGUAUGGCAAAACUAAAGACCCAAUCUUACAGAAGGUGGUGGCCAAGAUUAUAUUCUGUAUGUUGGAGGAUAAAGUCCUCAAGUCCAAGGCCAAGUUUGUCAACCUAGGGGAGGUCCUGCAGGAGAUCAGAGACAAUGCGGCAGACAGAGAGGUGUGGGAGAUGGCAGAUGAAGAACUACAAAUUCUGAAUGCAGAUGACGAUCUCCCAGUCCUCCCAAAUCUGUCCACCAUUGAGAAGCUCCAGAGGAUGGACAGUAAGAAGGCGCAGCAGUAUGGCUCCGGCUCACUCAGAGGCUCCAAGUCCUCGCUGAGGUCACUGGAGGACAAACCAUCGGCCAGUGUUGCUGGUGGGUCCUCCGUGUCUUCUAACGACUUGAAGAAGGGAAUAGAUUGAGGAGGGAAGGAGGAAUUGAGGGGGG